AUGGCCAACGGUUGGAGUCUGAUCAUCGGCAUGAUCGUCGUCUUUGCCGCUUGUUUGGCUGCCUGGUUCUUCAGCCCGAAGGGCGAAAACCUGACUGUCUGGCGCAGCGUCCUCAUCCUUUCUUUUAUCUCCUGCUACUUGAUGUGGGCCAUCGUCUUCCUGUCACAAUUGCAUCCCCUCAUUUCGCCAAAGAGAUCUGAUAUCCGCCCUGGACGGGUACCCAAUUAA